AUGGAGCUCCUGAGCGUCAGCAGAGCUGUCACCCAGGGCAUCCUCAUUCCUUUUUCCCCCAUGGAGCACCCCAGGAUGAUGAAUAUGACGAAGAAGAGGAAGGCAGGGAAAAUCCACCUCCCUAGGGCAAUAUUACGGUUCCUGAGCAGCCAUACAGUGUGUGUUGUGGUGACAGUCCUCAACAUUCCACAGCUGGCCAUGUUCCAGGAAGUCAACCAGACAGGGCAGGUCCUGGAUGACACUGUGGUGGGCAUCACAGUAGGAGAGAUAAGCAUCUCCAGGCUGCGGGACCCUGUGCAGCUCUCCUUCACCCAUGGGCAGCUGCCCCAUGGUGUCACCCCACAAUGUGUCUUCUAGGAUCCCAGCAAAGGGCAGACAGGAGGCUGGAGCAGCAGCGGAUGUGUCACACAGCCCAGAGACAAGGGGACAGUCUCCUCCUGUGACCAUCUCACCUUCUUCACCCUCCUCCUGAACUCGGCUCUGGAUGGGUCCACAGCACAAGCCAUGAUGGCUAUUGCCACUGCUGGCUGCAGGGUAGCCAUGGCUUUCUUCAUCUUCAUCAUCACCUUCUGCAUCUUCUUCAGGUGCAGGUUCAUGUCCGAGGAGACCCUCUGCAUCAACCUAUCCUUCCUGGUCAACAGAGGGAUCUCCAGUGGGACCCUGCUGGAGACCUGCAAGAUCCUGGGGGGGUUCACCCACUACUGCUGCUCUUUCACCUGGAUGGUGCUGGAAGGCUGUCACCUCUACCUUCUCUUCAUCAAGGUCCUCGGCACCUACAUCCACCACUACCUGGUGAAGCUGUGCCUGGUGAGCUAGGGUUUCCCCGCUCUUGUGGUGGGGGUGGCAGAAGCCACCAGCAGCUAUGAAGAAUACAGCAUCUAGACCAUGUACUACCAGGUCAUGGCCCACCUGUGCUGGAUCACUUCCAAACAUCUUCUGGUCCACUACAUCACCAACUGUGGCUACUUUGGCCUCAAUUUCCUCUUCAACACAGCUGGUUUUGGGGUGGUGGUCCAGAAGAGCUGCUGCCUGCAGGGCAAAGGGGUGGUACAAGGAGACAGCAAGGCCUGGAAGGUGGCCCUGGUGGUGAUGGGGCUCUUCUGCCUGUUGGGAGCCACCUGGGCCCUGGUGUUCCUCACCCAUGGCACCUCCUCUGUGCCCAUGCUCUACCUCUUCACCAUCCUCAACUCUCUCCAAGGAAUCUUCAUAUUCACCUGGCUGGUUUUCCUCUACUAUCCAAAGGCUAAGGAGACCCUUGGCUCCUUCUCCCACACCAUCAGACAUGACAAAGACACCACAGCCUCCCAGGACUAG